UCUAUACGUCCUUCCAAAUAUUCAAAAUGAGAGUAACCCUGUGUUUAAUUGCGGCGUUGUUUGCAAAUGUUGCAACAGCCAAGGAGGCUCAUAUUAGUUAUUCGACCUUGGCCGCAGUCCCUCCAAAUCCAUUCCAUUCGGCCAACUUUACCGUGGGUUUAGAAGUUGAGUCAACCUUCUACGAUGUGAUGAAGCUGCAAGCCUGGUUAGAAGAGGACCACUUUGCUUUCGAAACAAUCGACUCUGAGGACGGAAAAAUUGUAACUAGCAUCGGAGGAUUGGCCAACGAUUAUCAAGAAAAGGUUGGCUGGCAGUUAUUUAUUGUGCCAGAAUAUCCAGCUGAUUGGUGGACAAUCCCAGACGAUUCAUAUCGGGCAACUAAACCAGUGGAUAAAAUUGUUAUUGAAGAUGGUCAGCAUUUCUAUUUUAUUUAUUUAGAAAUAAGAAAUGAACAGAAGCCAUAAGAUUUCUUUUUGUACGUUUUUGGUAUUUAAAAAAUAAUAAACGUAAAUAAUAAA